CUGCAUGAGAGACAUACAAACAUGGAAGAAGAAGCAAAAGCAGGAGUGGAUAUCUGGAGCUACGCGUUCGGGUUUGUCAAAAUGGCAGUAGCCAAAUGCGCCAUUGAGCUCGGGAUCCCCGAUGCCAUUGGAAGCCAUGAAAACCCCAUUUCCCUGUCGGAACUGUCCUCCGUCCUAGGCUGUGAACCGUCGCGUCUCCACCGCAUCAUGAGGUUCUUAGUGCAGUUCCAAGUAUUCAGCGAGAAACCCACGAGCCAGGGCGCCACAGGGUACGUACACACACCUCUGUCUCGGCGUCUGAUGAAACAGAGUGAAAACAGCAUAGCGGCUCUGCUUCUGUUUGAGUGCACCCCUGUUAUGCUAGCACCGUGGCAUUGCUUGAGCGCUUGGGUCCAAUCCCGAGAGGAUAUUCCGUUUGUGGCAGCCCAUGGCAAGGAUUUGUGGAGUUAUGCAGCCGAGGAUGCUAGUCACAGCAAGCUCUUGAACGACGCAAUGGCUUGCCUUGCUAGAACAUCAGUCACUGCCGUAAUAAACGGCUGUCCGGAUGUGUUUGAUGGAGUUGGAAGUUUGGUUGAUGUUGGAGGCGGAAAUGGGACAACUUCGAGGAUGUUGGUUAAGACAUUUCCAUGGAUCAAAGGCAUCAACUUCGAUCUUCCCCACGUUGUCUCUGUUGCCCCAGAAUCCGACACCAUCCAGAAUGUAGGAGGUAACAUGUUUCAAGGCAUUCCAAAGGCUCAUGCUGCUUUCCUCAUGUCGGUUUUGCAUGAUUGGGACGACGAUGAAUGCAUCAACAUUCUGAAGAAGUGCAAAGAAGCUAUCCCACCGGAGAAUGGGAAGGUGAUUAUAGUUGAAGCUGUGAUCGGAGAGAAAGAUGAUGAUGAUAGGCUGGAUUUCGUUAGGUGGACGCUUGACAUGAUUAUGAUGGCUCAUGCGAACAGAGGCAAAGAGAGGACCCUAAAAGAAUGGGACUAUGUUCUUACGAAGGCUGGAUUUAGUAGAUACAAUGUAAGACGCAUUCCUGCAAUUCCAUCUUUAAUUGAAGCUUUUCCUUAGAAAAUCUGAAGUUUCCUCAAUAAUGAAAGAGAUUUGAUCUUAUUUCAAUUCUCAUCCAAGGUUGGAACCUUUGUAGUGCUAUAAAAGCACUAACUUUUACUUGGUUGUUAUUUACUUGUUGAAAGUAAUAAAAGCUACAAUAUUAA